CCUGAGAGGUUUAGACUUAUUAAGUGCUGGACCAUUUAGACAAUUUCAACGAUGAAGUACUUUGUGAUCUGUGCUCUGGCUGCCAUCGUUCUUUUCCAGGCCACAGCGGGAUUCAAGCGGCGAGUGAUCUACGUUGUACCAGCCCCCACAACGGACGCAUCAUCGAACGCCACCAGCAACGUAACCAACGGAACAAACGCAACCAACGGAACAAACGCAACCAACGCGUCUGCUACGAGUCCCAGUAGCGCAAAUCCUGCCGUGACUUACACGGUGGUCUACUGUUCCUGGAAGAACAACUGGUGUCGUCCCGCCUCGAACACCGUGAGGAAUUGCAAGUGGGGCAUCUGCAAGUUCAAUGGAUAAAGUACAGUAAAAAACGUUGAACACAUGUUUAGCACAAA